AUGAAGUUCAGUGUUGCGUUUGCUUUGUUGGUGAUCGUCGUCGGGUUUGUGGCCAGCGGCGAUGCUCUGCCUGCCAGGAAAAGAAUGGCCUACUACCAGCAACCCGUUGCCGCCGAAUGGUACGGAGCCGCACCCCAGCAGAGGAUUAUGUAUAUGCAGUAUGUGCAACCCGGACGCACACAUGCCCGCUCCACUCAAGCAGCCAGCGCACUGGUGGCUGGUGAAUCCGUUGCCACUGGCACCUAUCUGAAGGAUUGCGAUCACACAGAGACCGAGGUGGCACUCAGUGUGGAUGACAGCAGCGCGGAGAGCGCCCAAUCUGAUGAUACCCUGAGCGCUGCCGGUGCUCACGGUGCCAGCUCCUUGGCCGAGGCCUAUCCCGAUGAUGUACCCGUGGUCCAGAUUGCCAUCGAUGGCGAUAGCAGCAGCAGCACCGCCGAUUUUGAACCUCAGCCCGCUGUGGUUUCAGAGAGCGACGAUGCCGCCAAGGUGCCACGCGAUUUCAACUUUGCCGCCGAGGAAGCUGCCCCAGCUGCCCCCGUUGUUCCCACUGCUGAGCAGCCCGCUGUUGUCCAGGUCGCCUUCGAGGAGGAGGAGGAUCUGCCCGCUCCAGCACCAAUUGCGCCCGUUGCUCCCGUCAUUCCCGUCAAUCGUUAUCUGCCCGCCAAGAAGAAGGUCAUCGUCGAACUCGACCAGUCGGCCGAGGAUGCUGAGGAGGCUCAAAUCGCGACCAUCGAGGACGAGGAGACAGAUAACACGGUUGCCGACGAUGUCGAAGAGGAUGAUGUGGACGUCGCCGAACCCGUAAAGCCAGUGGCCAAGCAUCCCGCUCGCGUGCCCAACGCUCGCCGUCCAGUUGCCAAGAAGCCCGCCGCUGGAGCUGGGAAACCCGCGAAGAAACCCGCUCCUCUGCCUGCCGGCACCUUCUUCCCAAUUGACUUUGGCGGCACCAACGGUGGCGCCAUCGCCAUUGCCAACUCCUUCAGCACGGGUGAGGGCGGUUCAGCCACCUCGCAUGCCAUCGCCUACGGCUCCCCGGAUGCUGCACGCGCUCGUGUCCGUCCCGGUCCCAGCAAGCGUCGCCAUUAA